GGCCCCCGCCCCGCCCCUCCCGGCGCGCAGGUUGGGCUGCGCGGCAGCGCGGAGGGUUUUCCUGUGCCGCCAUCUUGGCGGCGGCGGUGAGGAGGGAGGCGGGGGGCGGCCGCAGCGCGCAGCGGCCAUGGCAGCCACGGCCGCCAACCCGGAAAUGGCAUCAGAUGUUUCCUCGCUGGGUGCAGGCGUCAGCGCCGGGACCGCUGCAGGGGCCCAGGCUGGAGGAGCCAUUGUGCAGAGAGCACCCAAGAGGCGGCCUGGGCUGGAUUUUGAUGAUGAUGGAGAAGGGAACAGUAAAUUCCUCAGAUGCGAUGAUGACCCGAUGCCAAACGAUAAAGAGAGAUUUGCCAGGUCUGAUGAUGAGCAGAGCUCAGCGGAUAAGGAGAGACUUGCCAGGGAGAACCACAGCGAGAUCGAGCGCAGGAGGAGGAACAAGAUGACCGCUUACAUCACGGAGCUCUCGGACAUGGUGCCCACGUGCAGCGCCCUGGCGCGCAAGCCGGACAAGCUGACCAUCCUGCGCAUGGCUGUGUCCCACAUGAAGUCCCUGCGGGGCACGGGCAACACCUCCACGGAUGGCACCUACAAACCCUCCUUUCUCACUGACCAGGAGCUCAAACACCUCAUCCUCGAGGCUGCCGAUGGCUUCCUCUUCAUCGUGUCCUGUGAGACAGGGAGGGUGGUUUACGUCUCCGACUCCGUGACUCCCGUCCUGAACCAGCCCCAGUCGGAGUGGUUUGGCAGCACCCUCUAUGACCAAGUGCAUCCGGAUGACGUGGGCAAGCUGAGGGAGCAGCUCUCCACGUCAGAGAACGCCCUGACAGAAGGAACCAAACCCUGGUGCCUUUCUAACAAGGAUCCUGCAGCCCCCCCUGAGAGUGCAUCUAAAGGUCGCAUCCUGGAUUUGAAGACGGGCACUGUCAAGAAGGAAGGGCAGCAAUCCAUGAGGAUGUGCAUGGGCUCACGAAGAUCCUUCAUCUGCAGAAUGAGGUGUGGCAACAGCUCCGUGGAUCCAGUCUCUGUGAAUCGUCUCAGCUUCAUGAGGAAUCGCUGCAGGAAUGGCUUAGGGGCAGCAAAGGAUGGAGAGCCUCACUACGUCGUGGUGCACUGCACGGGUUACAUCAAGGCCUGGCCCCCUGCAGGUGUUUCACUGCCUGAUGAUGACCCAGAUGCUGGCCAGGGCAGCAAGUUUUGCCUUGUGGCUAUUGGCAGGCUCCAGGUCACAAGCUCCCCCAACUGCACAGACAUGAACAACGUUUGUCAGCCCACAGAGUUCAUCUCCCGGCACAACACCGAGGGCAUUUUCACCUUCAUAGAUCACAGAUGUGUGGCUACGGUUGGUUACCAGCCACAGGAACUUCUGGGAAAGGACAUUGUGGAUUUCUGCCACCCAGAAGACCAACAGCUUUUACGGGACAGCUUCCAGCAGGUGGUGAAGUUAAAAGGCCAGGUUCUGUCAGUCAUGUUCCGAUUCCGAUCCAAAAACCGGGAAUGGCUCUGGAUGAGAACCAGCUCCUUUACCUUCCAGAACCCCUACUCGGAUGAAAUUGAGUACAUCAUCUGUACCAACACCAACGUCAAGAACUCGAGCCAGGAGUCUCGGCCUGCCCUAUCCAGCUCCCUGCAGAGGCCCCAGCUGGGCCAGGCUGUCAGCCUUCCCUUGGAGAUGGGCACAGCGCAGCUGCCCGCAAGGCAGCAGCAGCCCCCCCAGCAGCCAGAGCUGGAAGUGGUCCCAGGAAGAGAAAGCCUGGCUGGGUACGACCACUCACAGGUUCCUGUCCAGCCUGUGACUGCUGCGGGCCCAGAGCACAGCAAGCCCUUGGAGAAGGCUGAGAGCCUCUUUAACCAGGAGAGGGACCCGAGGUUCAGCGAGAUCUACAGCAGCAUCAGCACAGACCAGAGCAAAGCUGUUCCUGCCAGCACAGUGCCUGCCAACCAGCCCCUCUUCAGCCAGGGGAACACCUUCACCCCAUCGAGACCUGCUGAGAGCUUCAGGAGCAGCAGCAUGGGCCCUCCUGUGAACAUCAUCCAGCAGCAGCCCUCCUCAGCGGGCCGGAUCUUAGCGCAGAUCUCGCGCCACUCCAACCCAGCUCAGGUCAGCGGAACCAACUGGGCUCCAGGGACACGGCCGGUGUUCACACCCCAGCAAGUGGCAUCCCAGACAGUGAAGACUCGACCCCCUUCCUUCAGCAUGGGGACUUUCCAAGGCACCCCGUCCUCCUUCAGCCCCAUGGCAGCGCCUGGCUCCACAGCUUCCCCUACAGGGGCUGCGUACCCAAACCUUGCCAGCCGUGGCACAGGCUUCACCCCGGAGGCCGCGCAGCCCCCGGCACCGUUCCCGGCGCGGGCGGCCGAAGGCGUUGGGAUGUGGCCGCAGUGGCAGGGGCAGCACCACGGAGCGGCGCCCGGCGAGCAGCACGUGCAGCAGCCGCAGCCCGGCCAGCCUGAGGUGUUCCCGGACAUGCUGACCAUGCUGGGAGAGCAAGGACCCAACUACAACAACGAGGAGUUCCCAGAGCUCAACAUCUUCCCGUCCUUCUCGGAGUAGAGCCAGGCCUGGGGAGCUCACCCCAGCCCCAUGUCCCAGCCAGGGCUUUGUCUCCAAGGCCUCUGAACUCUGACCACUUCCUGCCUUCUGGAAGUGAAGCUCCAUCAGGGAGGAAGCUUGGCAGGAGGAGAAGAUGCUGGUGAGGUUGUGGGCACCUGCCCUGUGUGUGGGGCUGGCAGUGGGGACUGGUCUGGAGGCCUCAGGACUGGAAUGGUGCCGGAGCUCACCAAAGCCCCGCGGUUCCUCACGUUGGGCUGGUCGGAGGGUUCCUGUCUGGAGCACAGACAAAGCCCUCCAAGUUCCAAGGUGGCUUUUCCUGUUUUUAUUUCAACCUUCUAUACCCUGCCUCUCUUUUCUAUAAAACACAAAGUAUUGUAACUUUUCCAAUAUUGGAAGAAGCUCUUCCAAGUGUUAAUCCAUGUGGAACUCAAUCCCAGAGGAUGCUUGAGUAAGAGCCCGUGUCCAAAGCAGCUCCUCACUGGAGGAGCCCUCCUUGGAGGCUUGUUCCCAAAGCUCUGAGGAGCUUUAGAUGCUCCCACGUUGGUGGGUGGUUGGAUUCCAUCUCUCCUGUGAACUGUGCAAUGAGUUUGGGCCUUGGAGUCGGUGUCACCAUCGACUCCCUUGGGCCUGGUUGUGCUGGGAAUGAUGGGAUAGUUCCGAGCCAUAAAGCUAUUGUAUCUCCA